ACUUCUACGAAGCAGCGUGGAUAUCCCUGUUCUGGGCCCCCAACAGAGUCAACAAAUUACCGGAAGUGCGUUGUAAAUUUUCUUUCCACCUGAUUGGCAAAUCGACAAUGGCCUUUUUAAUGGGCCAAUCAUACCUCAAGUCAGGAGACCAACACUGUCCAUUAAAACAUAGAGGAUAUUGCAUGGCCUUACAGCAAAAACUCUCGAAAACACCUAUUUCAUUUUCAAGAUGACAGGUUUUGAUUUUUGGUAAGCAGUUUUGACUAUUAGUAAGCACUUAUAAUCUGAAUCUACAUCCCAUGUUUUUUUCAGGCCCAAGUUAACUGUCAUCAUUGUUAAAAAAAGGAUCAGUGCGAGGUUGUUUACCAAAGGUAGAAACCCUACCAACCCGCCUCCAGGAACUGUUGUCGACACUGACAUCACUCGCCCUCAAUGGUAUGAAUGUUCACAUUGAAAGGGCUUGUUACGUAGAGUAAUCUUCAUUUUUCAGUUUUCCAAUAACUUUCUUGUAAACUACAUGCAUGUUAUUACAUACAUGAAUGCCAAUUACAAUAUCCCUUGCCUGUCAUGAAGUUGCAGAUGGCUUAGGUAAAGGUUGGAAACUGACAGGCUGAAUUGGCUUUAAUACCUCACAAGCAGUCCCUUUUCUUUUUUCUUUUCCAAUACCAGGGUUCGCAUAGUCUCGAAAAGUGCUUGAAUUUUAGGGGGAGUCAUGGAAAAGUCCUUGAAUUUUCUUCAACUUUGAAUGUAGUGUCCAGGGUUCGCACAGUCUUGAAAAGUCCUUGAAUUUUAGAGUAAAUCCUUGAAAAGUCGUUGAAUUCCUCGAUAAGGUCUUGAAAAGUCCUUGAAUUUUCGCCAACAUAGACUCUGAAGAGUACCAGGAAAGUUGUAUCGUGAAGAUUAGGGUGUUCUUUCGUUUUAAUUUUGUAAAAAAAAAUGCAAAGAAUUUUGUAAAAUUUAAGGCAAAACCGAACACGACCCAAAAUGUGAGCCGAGACCAGAUUGAUCAGCGGUUGUGUAUAUGAGUUGUAAUGCUCUUGCGCAUGCCACAUGUAGCUGACUUGAGAUUACAGAGUUGAAACAUUGCGUUGUCGUUGGUUUCGCUGCAAAAUCCAUGGAAAGUGCAGUUUUAACCCUAAGUGGUUAACUAUUGAAGAGUAUAAAUGGGUUAGGCAAGUUAAAGGCGAUUCGAAGAAAGCAAUCUGCAUUGUAUGCAACAAAACUAUCGCUUUAACAUCGAUGGGUGGCUGUUAAUUUGAAAGGUACAGAACGCUUUAUUUUGCGAAACGAGUAACAUGACAUUCCAUGAAGGGUCCUUGAAAAAUAAUUUUGGUCCUUGAAAAAAGAUUUCAAUUUUCUGUGCGAACCCUGGUGUCCUGGAAAGUGUUUUUAAUUCUUUUUGGUUGUCCAAUACAGAAUAUAAUUCAUAGCUCAGAAGCGUUAAAGGUGAUUUUCAUAACGCGUUUUUUGUUUUAUGCAAUAAUUAACAUUUUAAGAUAAGUGAGGUGAAAAAAAGUUGAGAAGUUGGUGUAGCAGACAGUUCAACCCUUAGAGUCCUGUUACAAUGGGCUUGAAAUGUGCAUUUUUUUACAUUCCGUGAAAAGUAGGUGAUUCUUGAAAAUUGAAUGUGGUCCUUGAAAAGUCCUUAAGAAAUGGUUGCAAUUUUUGUAUGAACUCUGCAUACCUGUCUUUUGUUUUGGAUGUUCUAACUGUUCCCUCACUAUUGAAUGGGAUACGUCUUUCAACGGUUGUUUCACUGCAUGCAACUCCAACGUAGGUAUGUAUGAAAGGGUUACGAGCAAUCCGCACUAGGGCUGAGUUUUAUAGACAGAAAAUUCACUAUUCAUUUACUCUAAUUAUUUUAUUGUUCAGGUAUGAUUUCUUCCUUGUGAGUCAGUCUGUUCGUCAGGGAACAGUGUCGCCCACUCACUUCAAUGUGAUUGAAGACAAUUCUGGAUUAAAACCAGAUCAUCUCCAGCGUUUGUCCUACAAGCUUACUCACCUCUACUACAACUGGCCUGUAAGUGAAAUAAUUAAAAUACAGUAAGAACCUGGUUGACCUAAAAUUUUAUUAACAGUUUCUUAUUUUUUAAAAUCUAUUUUAAAAAAGGUCUAACACUUGCUGACACUUCGGCAAAUAAGAUAAGGCAACAAUUAUGAUUCUCUUCGGAUACAUAAUAGUAUGCAGAUUUUAUAUAAGGAAUCAGCUGAAUGCUACUGAAUUCUCUUAGCUAAAAUGUACAUUUUCAUUCCUAAAAAACGCCUAAAUUAUCACUUAACCCAGGGUUAAAUUUAACCUGGGUUUCUUUUUGUUGUGUUUAAAAGCAUUCUCUCGGAUGAUUUUCUCUGUUAUUUUUAGAGCUUCUGAUCAUCAACUUGUAGACAAAACAAUUAAAACUGAAAUGCUUUUUAAGCUUUCAAAUCUGAAUUCAAAUCUCACACUAACCCUUGGUUAUCUUAACCUAGCUUUGAACAACUCGGCCCAGGUCUCUUUUCCUCUUUAUCAAUAGCACUUUCUCGGAUAAUUUCCUCUAUUCUUUUUAGAGUGUUCUAUCUUCAAAUUGUAGAUGACAAGAAUCAAACUGAAUUUGCUUUUUAAGCUCUCAUAUGUGAAUUCAAAUUUCGCACUAACCCUGGAUUAUCUUAACCCAGCUUUAAACAACUCGGCCCUGGGCAGCAAUUUUGCCUAAUUGUCUUGGCAAUUCGUCUCAGUAAGAGACAAAUGUGGACAAAUGUGGUGGCGUCAAGGGAUAUUAAAAGGGAAAAGGUCUUACCACAGGCGGCUCAGACGUAGUGUGUGUCAAUAUGUUAAUAUUCACAUGGACAAAUUAAUGCGAUGAGUCGUCGAAACUCCCAUGAACUAAAAUAGUCCAAAAGUCAAAAUAUAACAAACCAAAGCUAGGAUACCUUUAACUGAACGUAUCCUUGUCUUUCCUGGCCGGUUAAAGUGGCGUUUUGUUGAGUUUUGCAAUUGUAGGUACUAUCCACUAAAGAAGAAUUAAAGGCUGGCUACAAAACAAACGGACCAUCUCCACGCGCCUUCACUCGAAGCGCUAUAAAUGCGAGAAUAAUCGACGAAUCCGCUCCAAAUUGCCAUCGGCUAAUCUGCAGGUAACGUGUGCUCCUGCUUCUUGCUCGCUCGCUUCACAAAACCCAUCGCAACUGCACAAUAAUCGCUCGCUGAUCAUCACACACUGUUGACCUUUACGCUUCGAUAUGACCGCUAACUACCAGGUUUAAUACGAGACGUGAAUAUUCAAGCUUAGCGACCGCGUCCGCGCGACAAUGCAGCACUUGCUAUGGGAGGGAUGGUACAAUUGCUUCUAGCUCAAUCAAUCGGAAAAAUAAUAUUGAAGCCCUUGUAAUUUUCAAAAAGGUCCAAUUUCUAGGAUCACGGAACAGAAAACAAAAUGAGCGGCAGUGGAAAAAGUGAACAAGAACAUGUACCACAUUUCCUCUAGAAAAGAAAACCAGGAAGUUUUCUGGACGUUUCACGUUGCAGUCAUGCAAAUCAACGGCAAGGAACUGUACAAGAAAGUGUGCUGCAAUUAGACCUAUUGUUGUUUUUCACAGUUCUGGUCAAGGGCAUCCAACGACUGUUUUCUGUAAAAUAUCUGUUCGGAGAAGCAAAUUUUGCGUAGAAUUUUCUUUCACUUGGCUAAAAAUUUCUGGAUGACCAUUCCCUUCAUGUACAAUUUUCGAAGCUCAUCUAACCUUGCUAAUAAAUUCCCUACGAUUUUCUGAAGUUUAAGUUUUCACAUUUCACUGCCCGGGUAAGGUUAUUUUUCGUAGCAAGUAAAAAGGAAUCCUAAAAUUUGCGGAUUCAAAAAUGCGAUGAAAGGAGGAAUCUGAAAAAGUAUCUCCUUCUUAAUACGUAAAAUUGCAUCUAAAAUUUUCGGGAAAAUAAUUCUGAAUUCCUCGUAAUUUCGAAAAGACUCAAGUUCCCCUAGAAUGGCCGAACACUGAGAUACCAAUUUUAUAGUGCCACUUAGAAUGCAUCUCCAUAGAGCUAAAAGUACUUUAUGAAUAGCUAAAAAAGUGGUUUCAAUGUAUUUGAGGAAACCGUCGUUGGGUGUCCCUGUGUCAUUGCCUUCUCCGCUUCGAUUUGAUAUUUAGUAUGAGCAAAAUAUAAAUGUUAUCAAGAGCUUCGCUCUUAGCCCUCCUGACUAAAUUUAUGUAUUAGCGCCGCUUAGAAUGGAGUUUUAGAGAUCGAAAGUACUCUGGACAGCCUUAAAUGUGGGGAAGUCGUCGUUGGGUGUCCCUGAGUUUUGAAAAUAAUAAUAAUAAUAAUAAUAAUAAUAAUGAUAAUAAUAAUAAUAAUACGCGCACAUAAAUUUUACUUAACCAUAUCUUUAGCUGUAUCUUCUAUUCAGCUGCAUAGCAGUGGCCAGAUUUUGCCUUUUUCCUGGGCGGAAAAUCCUCGUCCUCCCUCGCCAGUUUGGACAACAUAUUGUGGAGUAAGACGUUGUUCUGGAAAGAACCGUUUAUUGCCAACGAGGCAACCGAGCUAAGAAGCGAGGUUGCCUCGGCGGUAGAAUUAUAACGCCGCGCAAUGUAGGCAAAAACUCUUAAAUUCUGCGUAACCCUCUAAAAUUUGCAUUUUUGACCAUAUUUGGGUGUAAGUAAGACCCCAUAUUUGGGUAGUGACAUCAUGGUCUUGUAUUUACAACUUGGUCCGAAAUUGGGUGACACAGUGCGCAGCUGUUUGUUGUCUGUUCAAGAGGACCUAACAGAUGUGCAAGCUUUAAUUUAAGGGCAAUUAGUGCCCUGGUUUGCUUUAUAAAUUGCGUUUAAAGCGGCAGCUAAUCAAGGAAUAGGGUUUUACGCUGAAAUAUUUGUCAGGACCAGCUUGUUCUUUGCAGCUCGAUUUACAUGGAGAUAGCGCGUUCGCUUCUCGACUCAGAACCAGGGUUUCCAGUGUUCUCUUUUCCUUUGUGAACUGAAUUUUAAGAGGUAGUUGAUCAAGGCGUAGGGUUAUAUUCUCAAAACUUUUAUCAGAACCAGCGUGUUCUUCCCAGGUCGAUUUACAUUGAGCCAGUCCUCAGCUCCCGUGAGGAAUGCAACCUAUUGGCGGACCUUUCAUUUUUUUUUUAGAAUUUGUCUAUGUCUUUCGAGAGAUUUUGUCAACCAGCAUGUUUUUUGCUGCUCGAUUUAAAUUGAGACAACCCAAAACUCCCGUGAGGAAUGCAUCGAAUUUGCGGACCUUUUGUUUUGAAGACUAUUAUUAUGCCUUUCAAGAGACUCUUUUUCCUGUGACACUCGCUCAUUAGAUCUUUGUAUUUUAUUCAAGGUUAUAGUUUUAAACCUCUGAUACAUUCCGCCCCAUUCCUGCGCUUUUCACACAUUUUGCUUUACACCAAUUUUUCCUAGUGACUGUAUAUUACCACGCGAAAUAUUUUUCUUAUCCCUGGUGGCGCUGUUGCUCGGAAUUUAAUUAUUAUUUUUAAUUUCAGCAGUCAAAGGCCUCAUUUAAACUAUAUUUUUCAUUCUAACGUUUGCAGUUUUGAUACAAUGGAAUUUUCCAAGAAACACAAGUGCUAACUUGCUCAUAUUUACCAACAAAGCUUCAAGCCAUGUUGUGAUUGUUUAAUAAAAGUGAAAGGCUAGAAUGUGCCAAAGUUGUUGUUUUGAAGUUGGGUGCCGUCCUUUUCUUGUACGGAAUCCAUUUUGAACCUUUAAAAUUCUGAAAAAAAUAUCGCGAAGAUCUGAAUAGGCACAUUCCACAAAAGAUAAACGAGUUCGCCUCGUUGGCACUUGCCGGAAGGUACCCCUAGUUUAAUUAAUCGAAGCAAAUGGGUCCAGUAGAGUCAAGAACCUCUGCAAGCGGCUGGACGAACAAUGUGACGGCAGCUGUGACAGCGAACGCUAGAAGAAUUCGAACUUGAGAACCAGGCCCGCCGUGUUGAAAAUUUACGGACGUUCGCGCGAUCGCCUUUUGUUUUCUGGUCAAAACUAAAGCAGCGGACCCUCGCUCAGUGUCGAUUGACCUAGAAGCAAUAGUACCAUCCCUCCCAUAGCAAGUGCUGCAUUGUCGCGCGGACGCGGUCGCUAAGCUUGAAUAUUCACGUCGCGUAUUAAACCUGGUAGUUAGCGGUCAUAUCGAAGCGUAAAGGUCAACAGUGUUUUUGAUGAGCGAGCGAUUAUUGUGCAGUUGCGAUGGGUUUUGUGAAGCGAGCGAGCAAGAAGCAGGAGCACACGUUACCUGCAGAUUAGCCGAUGGCAAUUUGGAGCGGAUUCGUCGAUUAUUCUCGAAUUUAUAGCGCUUCGCUUGAAGGCGCAUAGAGAUGGUCCGUUUGUUUUGAAGCCAGCCUUUAAUUCUUCUUUAGUGGAUAGUACCUGCAAUUGCAAAACUCAACAAAAUGCCACGUUAACCGGCCAUGAAAGACAAGGAUACGUUCAGUUAAAGGCGUCUUUGCUUUGUUUUGUUAUGUUUUGACUUUUGGACUCGUUUAGUUCAUGGGAGUUUCGACGACUCGUCCUAUUUUGUCCAUCUGAAUAUUAAUAUAUUCAUUUGACACAUACUACGCCUGGGCCGCCUGUGGUCUCACUUCCCGUUGUCGUGCAUCGUCCAGAAUAGUGUUUUCUUAAGCUCCCUGUUAUGAUAGUGAAAAUGACCCUGUUUACAUUUCACACUAGAUCGUUUGUUCUGUGUAUUCUGCUAACGGAAUUUUAAAUUAUCUUACUGUUACAUUUCCGCUUGAAUUCGUUAAUAGCUGACCAAGCUACAAUCGUCGUCAAAGUGAGUUGACACUUCGCCUUAAAGGGGCUUUUUGACGUUUUCCUGACUUCAGAAGGGGAAAAUAUAGCUUUUCCUCCCCCAUUCCCUCCAUGCAAUGUUGUGCCGCUGUUCGAGCUACCUUUAGAAAGUAACAAACACUCCAACUUUGAAUGGAGGAGACAGAGGAGGGGUGUGGAUUCUUUUGUUCUCUGAAGUUACCUUAUUUACCUUACGUCUCAACAAUUUUGUCGGCAAUUGUAGUUUCUUGGAGGGAAAAAGUAAAUGCCAAAUAAUAAAUUGUUAAAAUCCCCAAACGGUAAAAAGGUCCUCGACUUAGCACUUACAGAAUAAUGCCCACCCUCCUUUUUCAGGGUACUGUCCGUGUUCCUGCACCGUGUCAGUAUGCCCACAAACUUGCCUUCUUGGUUGGACAAAGUCUUCACAAGCCACCUUCUCCAGAACUGGCUGACAAACUGUUCUUCCUGUAGGCGACAAGUUAAUUGACUUGUGGCCGAAGACAGUGCGAGUAUUGCAACAUGUUUAAGGUUUUUAUCAAGAUGAGAAGGAACGAUUGAAGUUGGGUUUUUGGCGAUGACCACGCUUUGCUGAUCAUCGGAUUGUUAAACAGAAUCAAAGACAAUAAUUAGGCGAAGGUUUUAUUUCACCUACAAUUUAGAUUUGCCAUGUGAUUGAUAAGUGAGAUGUUUCAAAUUUAUUUUCCCUAAAGAUUAUUAAGUCGCUCUUUAGAUGGCUAUAGGGACCUUACGAUCCAACAACGGCGACGUCCAUUAAGACGUCGCGGAAAAAUACACUUCUCAUCCUUGUACACUAUUUCGCGAUUAUCUGAAGUCACCAUGUUACUUAAAAGAUGGGAAUUUAGGUAAGAGAGGGGACCGCGCACGGUAGAAUUUAUCGCUUUGCCGUACCUGUUCUCAAGUACACUUAAAAAAUUGGCCAUUUCACGUCCUUGUUGUGCAGAGACGGCGAAGGAAUUUGUAAAAAAAACGUCAUGCACGUGCAGAGUUGUUUUGCUCAUUAAAGCUAUUGCUUGCUUGACGUUCCCGUUCCCGUCGCCGUCGUAGUUUCGUAAGGUCCCUAAUAUUUAACCCGUGAAGCAGACGAUGUAAUGAUGCUGUCAUUUUCUCUCUUAAGAUUUCUUUUUACACUUAGUCUCGCGGGUUAAGUGAAGACCCUUUAGCAUCUAUUUUUGUAAACGUUUAAGAAGAAGAGUUCUAUGUUACUGUUCUAUUAAAAUGUUCAAGACAUUGAAACCUGGUGCCUGCAAAUAAACCAACCUUGGAAGCCAUUUGCACGAUCACGUCAUUUUAUUACUCUUACCAGAAUCCUGAAGGGUUUUGCUUUCUUGAGCAAAUUAGGGCUUCUUUUUAUUUAAAAAAAAACUACCUCGAUGGGAU